CCAUCGAAGCGUAGCGUACGCUUUUGACAGUUUAGUGUAGUGUAUUGAAGGAUAUAGUAUACAUGUUUGUAUGUGGAAAGUAUUUCGCGUAUAUUCGUUGGGAUUUUAUGAUUGAAAAUGUAUGAAAUUGGAUAGAAAUGUCAAAUAUUCGUGUAGCCUUGAGGGUGCGUCCCCUGAACGAAAAAGAAAAGGACCAAGGCUCAAAAGAAAUUGUGAGAGUAAACAAAAACUCUGUGAGAAUUGAAAAUGACAAGGUAUUGGGUAUUCCAGAGUUUGGGGACUCGCGCUCACGCAUCAGAGAGUUCUUGUUUGAUCACAUCUAUGACUGUAUGCUGGGAGAGAAUGCGCUGUCUUCUCAAGUUAAGGUGUUUGAAGAUCUGGGUACAGAUGUUCUCAAGGCAGCAUUUGAUGGCUUCAAUGCUUGUGUGUUCGCAUAUGGACAAACUGGCACCGGCAAAACUCACACUAUGAUGGGAUACCCUGGAGAUGUUGGUCUAAUACCAAGAAUAUGUGAGGGUUUGUUUACACAUAUGUCAGAGUGUACAGAUGAGAAUCUCACGUCCCGCAUAGAAGUCAGCUAUUUUGAGAUUUACAAUGAACGUGUUAGAGACCUUCUACAACCAGAGAUGUUCAAAUUAAAUGAAAACUUCUCCCUCAAGGUUAGAGAACAUCCAAAAGAUGGCCCUUAUGUGAAAGAUUUAACCUGGCACCGUGUAAAGACCAAUGAUGAUAUACAGACACUUCUUGACAAGGGCAACAAAUACAGAGUAACAGCAGAAACAUACAUGCAUGGUCACAGUUCUCGCAGUCAUGCUAUAGUUACUGUGUGCUACACUCAGGCCAGAUUGGAAGAAAACAGACCCAGUGAAAUAGUGAGCAAAAUCAACUUGGUGGACUUGGCUGGAAGUGAGCGAGCUGACCCAAGUUCUAAACCUGACUUUAGAAAGAGGCUAACUGAAGGGGCAAAUAUAAACAAAUCUCUAGUCACCCUUGGUUAUGUUAUCAAAGCAUUAGCUGAGCGUUCCCUUUUAUCAUGGUCUCCAGGGGAGAUGGGGUCCACUCAGAGUUUUCACAGUAGUGGUGGAGGGGAGACAGGUGCAGGUUUGAGUCCUGCGGGUCCCAACAAACAACGUGUGCCAUAUAUACCAUACAGAGAUUCAGUCCUGACCUGGCUCCUGCGAGACAGCCUGGGAGGGAACUCCAAAACUAUAAUGAUAGCAACAAUAACUCCAGCUAGUCAGUACUACAGUGAAAGUAUCAGCACGUUACGAUACGCCCAGCGAGCUAAAAAUAUCAUCAAUAAACCAAGAAUCAAUGAGGACACUAAUGUGGCUCUUAUAAGAGAAUUACGUCAGGAAAUUGAACGGUUACACAGAAUGUUAGCAACAGCUCAAAUGCCUGCCUCGCAUCUAGGACCGAGUUAUUUGCCCGGAGAUAUUAUAUAUUUUGUCCCUGAUUUACACAGGGGUCAAGACGACCCUAAUGAUCAACAGAGUGGCAGCAUGGUCACACUUCAAGAAUCUGAGGAUGCUAUUAUUGCAGAGAAACUUCAUGAAAAUGAAGAAAUGGCAAAACAACUCACACAGUCCUGGAUGGGUAAAUGGUCCUCAACUCAAGAUAUCAUGAAGGAGUCGGACCUUAGUAUACGAGGGUUACAUAAUCAGAGCAGUUCUAUGGGCGUGAUGAUUGACUCACAGUUACCUUACUUGAUUGGUAUGGAUGAUGAUGUGCUUAGUACAGGAAUUGUUAUCUUCCAUUUGAAGGAAGGAGAUACUUUUAUAGGUGGGGACGAUGCUGAUAAACCUCAAGAUAUAGUAUUACAUGGACCAACAAUACAGAAGGAGCACUGUGUUAUCAGACACGUGAAUGGAGAGGUAUACCUACAUCCAUGUCCUGGAUCUCUAUGUGCCGUACAGGACAUAGAGUGUACAGAACCUAUAAAACUUUCUCAGGGUGAUUAUGUGAUAUUGGGAGGAAAUCAAACCUUCCGAUUCAACAAUCCAUCAGAAGCAGCUAAACUCAGGGAAAAUAGAAGGAGCCAGGGAAGUCUGAAUGCUUUGAAUACUUCCCAUUUAUCAUUUGGUGGGUUGUCACGGGCCAGUAGUUACAGUUCUAUAGGGGGAGACGAUUCUUACUACCUUAGUCCUCCACAGCUUGGCAGGUCAUAUCCAAAUGCUAAAAGACGCUAUUCUGAUGCAGUAAUUUAUGCAGCCCCUGAUCUGUGUCGAGAUUUAGAGAGACGUUACCAGACAGAGCAGGAGAGAAUUGCAGAAGCCAGUAAAGAACUGGAGCGACUUAAAGCUGAACAUGAGCGGGCCGAGGAGUUACGUCAACUAAAGGAAGAGGAGAUGUAUAUGACACACGAGCAGCACCGUGCAGAUAUCGAGGAUCAGAAGCGCCACCUGUUGAGAUUAAAAGAAGAAAAUGAAAGAGAACGUGCAAAAGCUGAAGAAGAAUUACGACUAGCAAGAGAAAGUUUAUCUAAAGAAAAGGAGGCUUUUCAAAGAAAGUUGGAGGAAGAAAGGAAGGCAUUGAAAGCACUUAAGAAAAUAGAAGAGCAGCAAGAAUCCAUGGCAAUACAAACAGACCCAUUAUCUUACGAGUCCACUUCAGUAGGCUGUGAUCCUCUCUCCACACAGACCAUGUCAGUCGGGUCCGAGCCUCUCUCCACACACUCAGUUUCAACAGGGUCGGAACAAUCCUCUACAGCAACCACAUCAACUGAGGGGGAUAAUGCAGAUACUGUAACAGAUUUACCAGUCAAAUACAAAGGAGGAAGACGGGUGUCAGCAGAUGACCAGCUAGAUGAUCUUGCCCAGACGGAGUUUACACGUCGUAUGUCAUACAGGGAGACCGAGGAAAGUCUUGCUAUACAACAAGAGGACAUGGAGGACGCUUACCUCCAAACACAGGCACAGUUAGAGGACAAAUUACGCAAACUACAGAAGAUGGAGGAGGAAUACAAGGAAGUGGACAAAGCACACCUGCAGGAAAUGGAAGUUCAAACGGAAAAAGUGCGAGAGAUUCGGAAACAGGAAGUACAGUUAGAAGUCUAUAUACAGGAGAGUCAGGAAUUGUGUAAUGUGCGGGAAGAGAAACCUCAGCCUCUACGUACAGCAUGUAGUGAAAUGUUCCUGUUAGAUCCUAGCAUACAAGACCAGGAUUUCUCACAGAAAACUACUAGUCUAUUAGAUAUACAGGGAGCUGAUUGUGGGGAGCAGCUUUCACCAAGGUCACGGCGUCUUAGAAGAUCCUCCAGUGCUGACUCAAUCGAAAGUGGAAUAAGUGACAUUUCAAAAGAUUUCAAUAUGGAUACUGAACGAUUAAAGGAUCAGAAAGACAAGAAGAUAUCUUCUGUUGCUAAGCAAGUGACAAGUAGACUGUACCAGGCACCUGAGCCUAAGUUUAAAUAUGUGCCAAAAACAAAAGAAAAAGAAAUAAAAACCAUUCCAAGAACAAAAGUUUUAAGGGAUAGAACUACUGAAUUGAAACCAAGAACAGGUUUUGAUAGAACAGCAAGGGUAACAAAAAGUGAAUCUCCUCAAAGAGUAACAGGAAAAAGGACCAGUCCAGCUCCAAGUAGAAUUGCUGACAUUAAGAAAAGACCUGGAAGUGCUUCACAAAGGGACCAAAAAUCAAAACCGGGACCAAAACCUAAGGAUGUGAAAGAUGAUAAGGGCAAAGGUGACAAACAUGAUAGAAAUGCAUUGAAAGUUACAACUGAAAAGAAUAAAGUUCAGGGACCAAAUAGAGCUAAUUCACCAUCUUCUCGGUUAGGUGGAGCUUUAUCUCCGCCAACGAGACAGAGUGGUGCAGCUUCUCCUCCAACAAGAGCAGCUGGUGCUGUUUCACCAACAGGCAGACUAACUGGAUCAUUGUCGGCUGAAAGACUUGGUGUCAGUGGAUCAAACAUUGUCAGAACCUCACCACUUAGACAGAUGGCAAGUGCAACAAGUCUUGCAAGUGUACCAGAAUCUGUCGCUGAAAAUGAGGAAUCUGAUAUGGGAGAAAUUAAAAAUGAACAAAAUAAGACUACCAGCUAUGUGGUUAAGAAAAGGCAGAAAAAGGGCAGAGCAAAUUUCAUUGAUGAUGACUUUAGAUGCCACUCGGCUCCUGAUGCCCAUAGAACAUCUCAAGCUCUGGAUGAUUAUACUGAUAUAAUGAAUUCAGAAUUACAAACAGGAAUUUCUAAUUCAAAUAAAGUACCUCCAUUUUUAACAACAUCUGUAUCAGUAGAUGACUCUAUGGUGAAUACUGAAGAAGAAAUGAAGACAAAUGAUACCAAUAAAGCAGAUAUUGAAAAUGAUAUAAAUGAAAUGGAUAUUGAAGCAGCAAAAGUAAACGAAAGUAAUGUUGAACUUGACAAUUUAGAUAGUGAUGUUGAAAUGAAGGAAGCAAUUAGUAAAAAUGGAAAACCAGUGCAUAUGUACAUAUCUUCAGAGGAAAUGUCUCAUGAAAGUGGUAAUGAUAUGGCUGAACCAGAGAUGAGUGUAAAUACUGACAAACACACUGAUGAAAGCGCUAAAAUGGACCUAAAUGAAAACUCAAUCCUUCAAAAUGUAUCCAUGGAAACAAGUGAAUCACUGGUUACUGAAAAUACUGACAAUGUUGUUUUAGGGAAAAGAGAAAGAGUUGAUAGUGAGAAGUCAAAAGAUUCUGAAGUUCCACCUAAAAAAUCUAAAUCAGUUUCAGACAUCACAGACAAUUUAUGUGACACUAAAAGUAAUGAUGAAAAGACUGGAGUGAAUGCUGAAACUGAUAAUGAGAACUUUUCAGAAGAUUCAUUAGAUUUGAAUAUAAGCAUUGAUUCUUUAGAGGGAGAACAACCUUCUGAUAGGUUAACUCAAAGUCUUCCAGCUUACAUUAUCAGGUCAGAAAAACCAAUGUCUGAAGACUCAUUAAGUGAUUCAUGUGAUGAACAUAAUGUUAAAGAAAGUGACACAAAAGAAAGCAAUAAGGAAGAACAGUUAUCUGAUGUUACUCCCACAUAUAAUGAAAACUUUGUUCCCUAUGAUAUUCCUCAUACUGCUGAUAUCCCAGAUUUGGAAACUGUUAAAACUGUUGUUGCUACUCAUCCAACAACUCUGGAAAUAGAAAACAUUGACAAUCAAAAUAUGGACGAGGAUGAUGUAAAUACUACACCUGUCAAUAGACCAAAAGUGAAUGACAAUGAGAAAGAUAAUUUUAAUCAAGAAUUCCUUAGUGAUCUUACUGAACUUGCCACUGAUACAGCCAAAGAUCAAGAAGGUAGCAAGGAUGAAUUAGAUGUAUUACCUAGUGAUGAAAUUAAAGUUGAAAACUAUAUAAGUGAUAUAAUCAAGCACGCAAAGGAAAUUUAUGAUGAAAGUGUUAAAGUUGAGUCAUGUGUAAAUAUAAAUGAAGAUCCGAAAAUUCAGAAAUUAAGAAAUGAAGAUAUAACAAAUGAAAGUGGACCAGAAUUGGUUUGUUAUCAAGACAAGAUAGUUGAAAAUGAAACAGUUGUUUUAAGCAAACCUGAGGUUAAUGUUCAAUCUUUUAAUGAUAAUUUGAAUGUCACGGAAGCUAAGUCCUUUCCUGAAAUGCAACAAGAUAAUGAUAACAUUAGUUUUGAUGAUCUUUCUAGUCAUAAGGAUAUUGAAGUGAAUCAGAAAAAUGAACAAAAGUCAAUAAAUGAACCUGAUGAGAUACUUUCUGGGAAUUUGAUAAGUUUAUCAAUGGAAGAUGGUGUUGAACAUAAAAAAGAUUUUGAUGUUGUAAAUAUUCUUCCAACACUGGAAGUCCUGGAAAAUAAGGAAACAGUAACAAUUUCAGAGGAUGAUAGUGUAUCAAAUGAGAGAGAUAAGGAAAAUAGUAUAUGUGUUAAAGAAGAGCCAGUUGGUGUUGAAGAAACAAACAUUUGUGGUGGUGAUGAAAAUAGGUAUAAAAGUGACAAUAUUGAGAAACAACUGACGGAGGAAAAUGAGUAUAAAGAAUUAGAGAUGGAGGGCAAAAGCAUAGACUCUGAUAGUUCAGAUGAAUCAGAAAGCAGAGACAAAAGUAAAACAGAUACUUCACGAAAUAUAUCUGACACGUUAAAAGGUGCCACAGGUCCUACAAAUGGUGUUGACAAAAUGGAUACAAGUUCAGACAAUGAGGACAAUGGGGAGAAAAAAGAUCCUUAUGUUGAUGAAAAUCAAAAUGUUGUUGGUAUGGCAGAUAAUAUGGGUGAAUACAAUCGUAAUCUUGUAGAUUCUGCUCAGGCAUUAGAUACACAGAAUGAAGAUGAUUUAAACAUGAACUUAAUGCCAGAUAGCAAUGGUCAGGAACAUAUGGAAGAAAAAGAUCAUAGUCAAACUUUGGAGAAUGAAAAUAGUUCAGUAAGUGAACCAGCAGCAUCUGGCUUGCUCCAAAAUGUAGCAGGGAAUCAAAAUGAAAGUUCAAUACAAUCAGAUAUUGAUAAAAUUGAAGACAAAGGUCUUGAUGACAUGUCUGGAAAAGAUGAGAGGCCUGAAAACAUUAAUGGCUCUCUCAAUGACUCAGCUGGACAACCAGAUGCCAUUGACAUUUGUGAUGAUGGGCAAUCAUCAGAUUUAAAAAUAACAAACAGUGAAGGAGAACAACAGAAAGACAAGUCAGACAUUAAAAACCACUUAAGUCCUCUCAUUAAAACCAAGUCUAUUGGUGUUGGAACUAGUCAAGAUCUGAUGGAAAACCUAGAUGUUGCUGCCACGAACCAAGGAUCAGAAGAUUCAUUUGAUAUUGAUCCAAAAGAAGAAUUGCAAGUGCUUCAGGAGGCACUUGAAAGUCUGCCUGCAAGAUCUGGACCUCAGUUGUCAAGGGCACGGCUUGCAACCAGGCAGCGAGCCAUGAAUCGGCAACAGCACAGGGGCGGGGAUUCUGAUGGCAUUGCACCACUUUCAGACGAAGCACCAAUCUCAGGAACACAAACAAAAAAUUCCAAUCGCCCAAGUUCUGGAUCUCGUAGACGAAAACGUCCAUCAAAUAAAUCUCGUAGACAAGACAAGCAAGCACUUUAAGGACCAGUCAUCAGAUGAUUAUGAUAGUUCAGAAAAUGAUAGUUUAUAUUCUGAGGAUUCAGUGGAUGCUUUUAAACCAGUGAACCAAUCAAAAACGGAGAUG